AUGUCAAGUUAUUAUGAGAAAGAGAAGACCUCCGGGGCCUUCCCCCUGUCAGAACAUGCCCAGGACCAGUCAUCGAACUCGUCCUCCACGCCUAAUCUCAGCAAGGAGGAACGCAUCAGGAAGGAACGACAGCAAGCUGAAGCCAGCUCUGGGCUGAAUAAAUGGCUUGGGUGGAUGGGAGACCUGCCGGAAUGGAAAUUUGGCGGAAAGCCCCUGGCUGGGAGAGCUCUGAAUUGGUCGAUUGGGUUCAUUGCCAGCUGCGGCUUCCUGAUGUUCGGUUAUGACCAGGGUGUACUCAGUGCUCUACUCACGUUGGAUUCAUUUCAGGAGAAUCUGUCCCUCAUGACGCCUCGCGACAAAUCGAACGACCUGUGCUGGUUGGAUAGCCCCACAAAUACAAUACCUCAUCCCGAUCACUGCAAGGGUGACGCCAACACCCAGGCCGCCGGUGUCGCCGUCUAUCAAAUCGGAUGCUGGUUGGGCUCACUUGUGAUCCUGAUGUACGGUGAAAAGUGGGGACGGAAGUCUUCUACUUUUUGGGGCUCCUUGAUUAUGGUCAUUGGGACCAUCAUGCAGGCCGCGUCAUUUGAAUAUGGCUUGUUCGUUUCUGGUCGUGUUGUCGGUGGUAUUGGAAACGGCAUGGUGACUUCUACGAUUCCCACAUGGCAGAGUGAAUGUGCUCGCCCUCAUCAGCGAGGAGUCCUGAUCAUGCUGUCGGGAGCAUUGAUCUCGGCGGGUAUCAUGAUCGCAUACUGGGUGGAUUACGGCUUCUAUUUUCUCGAGGGGUCCGUCCGUUGGCGAUUCCCAAUCAUGUUCCAGUCAUUCUUCACCAUUGUCGUGAUGAUUGGUCUUCUGUACCUUCCGGACUCCCCACGAUGGUUGAUCAUGCAGGGUCGCCACACGGAAGCGCGCGAUGUCACUGCGCGCCUGGUGAACAAAGCGGGAGAUGACCCAGAAGUUGACGAGGAACUGCGCAACAUCAACGAUGCCUUGGAGGCCCAGAGCAAGGGUGGACCCUUCCGGUACAGCGAGCUGCUGACGAACGGACCGUCACAGAACCUUCGACGAGCCGGGCUGGCCAUGAUAUCGCAAUUCUUCCAGCAAAUCUGCGGUAUCAAUCUGAUUACCUACUAUGCGACAUUCCUGUUCGAAAACUCCCUCGGUUUCGGACCAUCAAUGUCUCGUCUUCUCGCGGCCUGCAACGGCACCGAGUACUUCCUUGCAUCUCUCGUUUCAUUGCCGUUGAUUGAGCGAACCGGUCGACGCAAGUUGAUGUUGGUAGGAGCGUUUGGCAUGAUGGCUUCCAUGGCGGUACUGGCAGGCACCGUAUCAACAGGAAAACAAAUGGACAACGGAGCUCCCAAAUUGGAGACGCGGUACGGCGUCACAGCCACGGUAUUCCUGUUUGUCUUCAACUCGUUCUUCGCCAUCGGCUGGCUGGGUAUGACCUGGCUGUAUCCCGCGGAGAUCACCAACCUACGUAUUCGUAUCCAGGCCAAUGCGUUGUCAACCAGUUCCAACUGGAUGUCUAACUUCCUGAUCGUGAUGAUCACGCCCCCUGCUUUUGCGAAUCUCGGCUACCGGACGUAUAUCAUGUUCGCCGUGUUCAAUGCCGCAUUGAUUCCAUGCGUGUUCUUCUUCUUCCCGGAGACCAAGGGUCGUACCCUGGAAGAGCUGGAUGUGGUCUUUGCCAGUGCCAAUGCUCAGGGGAUCAGCCCAGUUAAGCAGAGCUUGGAGAUGCCUAAACUAGUAGGACAGGAACUCGACCGUGAAUUAGCCAGGCACUUUGGGGUUGGGAGCGAUGAGGAGACUACGGCGACGAGGGAAAAGGAGGGUCCUGUGCAUACUUGA